UUUUCGCCUGACAAGUAUAUAUUGGGUCUGUGUUUACAGUGAGCUAGUUAGAGCUCUUUGUUUUGACCACUACCUGAAAAAUCAAAAUGUCCCGGCGAAGUUACAGUUACAGCCUUAACUGUCUGACAUAACUGUUCGAGGGCACAUGAUAUAAAAAUACUGAUAAACUUUUUCAGGAUAGAGAUCAUAUUUUUUUUUUCUCCAUACUUUUUUCUGUUGUUGUUUGUUUUGUUUUUGCUCCACUUGCAGCUGACGAGGAAGCUUCAUCUGGAAACUUCUGCAUAAGGUCAUCUUAAACUCUAGAGGAGGUCUUCGUUGAAGGUGGCAGCCAUGGUGUUGAUUCUGGGCAGAAGGAUGAACAGGGAGGACUCUGGGAUCAGAGACUCACCAGCUGUCAAACGCAAGGUGUUUGAGGUUGACUCCAAAACUUUAGCCACCCAGGACAUCUUGGACUUCUGUUCUGGCGCAUCCCACUCAGAGGGCAUCUUGCAGGUCUUCAAUGAAUUUCGCGACUGCCGCCUCUUCACAGAUGUUGUAAUCAGCGUGCAGGGCCGUGAGUUCCCUUGCCAUCGCGCUGUUCUCUCUGCCUGCUCCUCCUACUUCAGAGCCAUGUUCUGCAAUGAUCACCGUGAGAGUCGCGAGAUGCUGGUGGAGAUCAACGGCAUCCUGGCCGAGGCGAUGGACUCCUUCCUCACCUAUGUUUACACCGGCCGCGCCAAGAUCACCACAGAGAAUGUCCAGUUCCUCUUUGAGACCUCCAGCCUGUUCCAGAUCGCCACUCUGCGUGAUGCCUGUGCAAAGUUCCUGGAGGACCAGCUGGACCCGUGCAACUGUGUUGGCAUCCAGCGCUUUGCAGAAGCCCAUUCCCUGAAGCAGCUAGCCAGCCGCUGCCGCGGUUAUGCCCUGGCCAACUUCUCAGAGGUGGCUCAACAUGAAGAGUUCCUUGACUUACGCAGUGAAGAGCUGGAAGAGUACAUUGGGAGCGAUGAGCUGUCUAUUGGUAAGGAGGAGGUGGUGUUUGAGGCUGUGAUGCGAUGGGUGUACAGCAACGUGGAGCACAGGAAGCCCAUGCUGAAGGCUCUGCUGCACCAUGUGCGCCUGCCCCUUCUGCACCCCAACUACUUUGUCCAAACAGUGGAGGGAGACCAGCUCAUCCAGAAUGCUCCAGAGUGCUACCAGCUUCUCCAUGAGGCAAGACGCUACCACGUGCUCGGAAAUGAAAUGAUGUCACCCAGAACUCGUCCGCGCAGGUCGACUGGCUACUCUGAGGUGAUUGUGGUUGUGGGGGGUUGUGAGAGAGUGGGUGGCUUCAACCUGCCCUACACUGAGUGCUAUGAUCCAGUCACAGGAGAGUGGAAAUCACUGGCCAAACUACCUGAGUUCACCAAGUCAGAGUAUGCUGUCUGCGCCCUCCGUAAUGACAUUCUGGUGUCAGGUGGCCGUAUCAACAGCAGGGAUGUGUGGAUGUACAACUCCCAGCUCAACCUGUGGAUCAGAGUGGCUUCUCUCAACAAAGGUCGCUGGAGACACAAGAUGGGCGUUCUUCUGGGCAAGGUCUAUGCUGUAGGCGGCUAUGAUGGGCAGAGCCGCCUCAGCAGCGUCGAGUGUUACGACUCUUUCUCCAACCGCUGGACAGAGGUGGCUCCAAUGAAAGAGGCUGUCAGCUCUCCGGCCGUGGCGAGCUGUGCCGGCAAGCUCUUUGUCAUAGGAGGCGGGCCGGACGACGACACCUGCUCAGACAAGGUUCAGUGUUAUGACCCAGAGACAGACACUUGGUUGCUACGGGCCAACAUCCCCAUCGCCAAGCGCUGUAUCACAGCAGUGUCCCUCAACAACCUGAUCUAUGUGUGCGGUGGUCUCACCAAGUCCAUUUUCUGCUAUGACCCCAUAGAGGACUACUGGAUGCACGUGGUUCAGACCUUUAACAAACAGGAGAGCUGUGGCAUGUCAGUGUGCAAUGGUAAGAUCUUCAUCCUCGGCGGCAGAGGGGAAAGCGGCGAAGCAACAGACACCAUCCUGUGUUAUGACCCGGCUACGGGUAUCAUCACAGGGGUGGCAGCCAUGCCACGGCCAAUCUCCUACCACGGCUGUGUAACCAUCCAUCGCUACAACGACAAGUAUCACAAGCUCUGACCAUAAACAAGCUCGAAGAGCAAACACACACGCAUGCACACACACACUAAAGAACUUCAGCUCUUCAAGUUCACUCCAUGCACAGCACAAACACAAACACACACACACACACACACUUCUUUCAAAUGGGCACAUGUAGUAGCUCAGUCCACAGUAUCAUUGAGCUAAUUUAUUUUCUCACAGUGUCAUGUAGCAGUACUCAUCGGGUGCUCUGAAUCUUUUGCUGUUCUGUACCAUAAUUUUAGCUCCUCUGCCAAAAUUGUCAGUAGCGGAUAAUGUUGAUGAUUUGUGUGUAGCCUGAGCUAGAUUGGAGUCAGAUCAACACGGCAGACAUUCUUGCAUAAGUAGUGAUGGCACAAGGUGGGAAGUAAUGGAUCAUAUGUGAGAGAAUUAAAGAAAAGUGCUAAUGAUAAUGAAUAUUGGACUGAUGUUUGAGGCACGAUAACUUGUUGAAUUACCAAAAAGUACUUGUUUUGAUUAUCAUAUAAUUGUAAUUAGAGCUUGGAGAUUCAUUCUUAACUUUAGGAUCAUCGAGGAGCUCUUCAUAGAGCUUUCAGCAGUGUCCCAUCAGGGUCUUGGGAUCACACCUUCGCAAGUACCAUUUGCUGAAGAAGGCCAAUGAAUAAUAAAUAUUUUAGUAUUGAAUAUAAACAUUUUAUUUCUAAUUUGAUACUGAAUAGGGCUCAAACCCCUCAUAACGUUUUUUAGUAUUGAUAAUCAACUGAGUCCUCUCCGAACACUGUGCUUUCACUACUGUGCAUUGUAACUUUUACACUGUGAUCUCAGUCGCUCAUGAGCUGAAAUGGUCACAGAGUGUACUUAUGAACAAAAUAGUGCUAAAAAGCCCUCACAAGAAUGAGCCAAGAAUGAUCUGCCAUCCGAAUAAAUGUAUUUUAUAAUGCACAGAUGAGCAGCCAGGUCACGUUUCUGACCCCACUGCUCUCCAUGCAGUUACACACUUACAGGUAAAGAACAUACAAGAAGAACUAUCCUCCGUUUUUUUUUUAGCUCUUUUCCUCGAGACUCUAAAUGACCUGAUAAAAUUGUGGUAAACAGUCAGUCAGCUGCUCUUCCACAAUAUCAGUGUUCAUAGAUACAAGUUGGUCUCGCCUGUUGACCUACAGCAAGGUUGACAGGAGAGUUAAAAAACAAAGGCUGUACGAAAAUAUUGGAACAUAGCCACUGUUAGCUCUGCACCCUUGUUUCCUUUUUCCACACUUCUCUCCACGUUAUCGCCUCGUUCCACUUCCCAUGUGUGUUUCCCAUUUUCUAGCUCCAGCUGUGUCAUCACCUCACAGUUUCUUAUCCACACUGAUAUGUCCCUUUAAGCUUUACUUUGCUCCAUUAUAAUAAUUAUUAUUACACUCAUUACUGACUUUUUAUUUUUUUAUUUUUUUUAAGUUAUACUUUUUUAUAUAAUUGAAUGUGUAUUGUAUUAUAGGUAGCUUUAGUGUGUCAGUUUCAUAUCAAUGUGUUUGUUGGUGUACUGGGCUUGUGGGUGGUUUUGUAGAUGUGAGAAGCCUUUGUAGAUCAAACUCGAAGACUGCUCUGAAUAAGUGGUGUGCAUGUUUGGUAUGUAUGUAUGCCCAUGUGUGACUUUUACGACAUGGUCUGGUCUACGUUUGUUGGAGCCUAGGAGGUUUAUCAAAGAGCCCGUUCAGACUUGGCAUUGACUCUGCAUCUCGGGUGACCCGAUCACAAGUGGACAGCUCUAAAUACACGGGUAAAUGACCACCAACACACAUUCAAGCCACUUGUCGAGGUGGUCUGGUUUGCAUUUGACCACGUAUCUUUUGCAGUGUAAACACUAAUGUGUGGCAGCAUGCCAGUGUGAGUCCUGGGCCAUCUUAAAGGGGCCACCCACACAACUUUCGUCCUCUGUGAGACAACAGAAGAAGCCACAACAACAGGUGUAAUGUUUUUGGGCUCUCUUACGUGCCAGUGUAAGCAGCAGAUUUCCCCACACUAGUAACUGCAAUAACCCCAGGCUCCCUUGAAAAAUAACACAAUUUUGAGAGUUAUUGAGUGAAGAGAAACUUGGUGAAACAGCUACGACAAAUUGUAAAUCACUCCACCUUCUUGUAAAUUUGGCAUUACAUUUAAUACUUUAAAUUGUUUCUUUCCUUGUUAAAAGUUACCAGGUGUUGUGAUAUCGCGGUGCCAGCCUGUCUGCUACUCCGCAUCUUACCUGCCAACAUUUAGCAGCUGUAUGAACGCACUGUUUAAGAUGGUUUCACCAUUCACACUAAAUGCAUUGAAUAAAUCAACAUGUUUAUUGAUGGUAAACAUGUCAGAUUUGUACAAAUACAGUGAACAGUAACCAGUGUAGGCUGCUUUAUUGACGCCUGUGGAAAAAGUCCCCAGACUUCCACUUAAAAAAAUGACCCAAUUUUGUUAGUUUUUUAGUUAAGAUAAACUUGGGAAACGUUUGAAACUUUACUGUAAAUUCUGCAAAUACUAUACAUUAAUUUCUUUCACUCUCUGUGUAAACACAUCAUACUGCACUCAGUUCUAAACAGGUGGUUAAGUGAGAUCUGAUCACGGGUGGUCACUCAAGUCAUGUUAAUGCCGGGUUUAAAAAGGCUCUUUGAAUUCUAGUGUAAACACUGCACUACUGCUCACUUCUGUCAACAGAACUUUUCACACUGAUAGUGGCACCUCUCACCUGUGCGUUUACAUGUCAAGAUGUAACUCGGGGUAACCAUAGAUACCUCCAGGUGUGUAUGUGUGUAUGCGUGUUAAUUGGUCAGCUAAAGGCGUAGGUCGGUGUAGCAGUGCUAUGCCUCGCGCAGGGAAGAGGUUAAGAGUUCUGAAUGACGAGGACUUGGGUGAUGUGGCUCAUGGUCAGUAAAAGUCACCUUUUACUUACAAUAGGUGUUGAUAGACUAGAGAUAUUGCUGUGAAUAUAACUUUAAUAUGUUUUCUUUGUUUAAUUUGUAUUUAAAUGUAUCUCUCUUGUUUUUUUGUGUUUUUUAUUUCUGUAACUGAGAGCCCCAAUUGUGCACUUUGACAGAAUCCUGUUCAAUGUAGAAUACAAUGAUUUUCUUUUUUUCUCUUUUUUUUUUUUUUUUUUUUACUGUAUCAGUAAAUGUUCCUUGCUUUCAUGUGACAUAUGGUAGAGGCAGUAAAAGGGCCUGUCAGCUCCUCCUGUUGGCUGCUACCUGCUAGGGCUCUGAUAUAUUCUGACAUACCGACAAACACUGCGACAGUGUUCAAGAUCAGCAAGUUGGUCAGUCCACCACACUCGGGAAAAGUGUAACGUCAUAAAGAUAACAAGAUGUGCUUCCAUCUGUCAGUCACAGAGACAAAAACAGAUGGAGGUAUUUUCGGCUUAAACCAUCCUCCGGGCGUUUUCCUAGAAGGAUGAGGUCCAGUGUCAGGUCUUCAGCUGAAAAAGAAAACAUCCUCAGGCCCACAGACACUCCUCUGUGUAGUAGCAUACUUAGGGUAACUCAGGAGGCCAACAAGAGGAAGCUGAGGGGUAAGAAUGUGGUGAAGCAAAAAGAGUGGCUGUUAGAUGAAUAGAGAGAGAGAGAGAGAGAAUUUGAGUGUGUGUGUGUGCAUCUGUGAUUUCACUGAGUGUUUACCUGAAAUUGUCUUGUGAUGUUGAUUCAUUGAUUUUUAACUAUCAGCUACAUAGAGGCUUUCCAAUGUUGUUUACUUUGAUAAAACUGUUUUCUUUAUUAUUUUUGCUAGUUGUGGUGAGUUGUGUGUUGGGACUGUGUGUUGCCGCGAUAUUUUGACUCCCAAAUGCAAAUGCCGUGCCUUUUUUUGAUUAAACUCUGAACAUGUGAGCAUUUAAAAUGGAUCGAUUGGAGUUUAAUAUGAAUGAUGUAAACCAAAGUGGAUUUGAUUCAGUCGCAGAGGCGACUCUGUCGAAAAAGCUUGUCAAUGGGUGAAGUGUGUUUGCAUGCAAGAUGGGGGCUUUGACCUGUUGCAGAAUGCUGCCCUGCGUUGCCGUUGAUAAAAGAUUAAUGAGUGGGGGGGGGUUAAAUCCUAUCGUUUUGAUAUAAAGGUUUUUAUAAAUGUGUGUAUGAUGAUGUGAUCUUUUAACACCACUUUCUUCUCAGAGGGCUUUUUGUCUAACUGCGAGAAAGCUUUGGAUUUUUGUAAACUGCAGUAUGUUGAAAUGUAACGGUUGUGUCAGAAAAACAUCAAUAAAGUUUUUCUUUCUUUACACUUCA